AUGCUUUUCUUGUUGCUCGUCGUCGGCGCCGUCAGCGCGCAAAUCGGCUCCGAUUUGAACUGUACCGUCUACAAUGGCACCGAGUUUGUCUACACGUCGAUCGCGGUGGCUUGCAGCAACAUCAUUUCGGACGCCUCCUGCGCCGCGCUCUAUCCGGCCGACGAUGAGACGAUCGUUCCGUCGGCUGGCACCAACAACGCGCGACCGUUCCGCUGCUAUUCGACCGCCGACGCAACGCCGGCGCCGAUUGACGCCGGAUUGAAGGAGAGCUCGAUAUCGCAGUGCCCGAAGCGUUGCGGAUUCUGUUGUCUCACCAACGCCUACAGUUGUUCGAACAAAGCGUUGCCUUCAAUCAACUGCGCGACGAUCACCCAAUCCCAAUGCAAUGAUCCCACUUGGCGUGUUGUCAUCGCUCAGGAAUGUCCGGCGUCUUGCGGAUUAUGCGAACAGGGUGGAUGCGUCGACGCGGUUGAGGAUUGCGCCAACGACGUCACCAUUUGCAACAGCAUCUCGCUUCAAGAUUUUGUCAACGCCAAUUGCCAGAGGACGUGCGCGCGAUGCACGACGUCAACGACGGCGAGCAACGGCGGUAGCGGCUCAUGUGGAACCGAUCUCGCAAAUUGCGCCGCUUGGGCUCGAAACGGCUUCUGCACCAACACCUUCUACUCGGCGGCGGUAAGAAAGCAAAAAUGCCCGAAUGCGUGCAAUCUUUGCUAA